CCGCCUUCCAAUUUCACCCCUUUCUUCUCUUUCAUUUCUUCCUUCUUUUUCAUUAGUAAAACGCUCAAUCGUUGUCGGCGGCGGCGUAUUGUUCUCUUCUUGUCCAGUUUCGUCCGAGGUUUACCAGGGAUGGAGAAUAAUACGGACAUUGCGAAUCAGUUGAUAAGCAUGUACUCAAAAUGCAACUUGAUACUAUCCGCUCGCGUUGUAUUUGACAUGACAAAAAACAAGGAUAGGGUGUCGUGGACAUCAAUUAUACGCAGCUAUGUGAGCCAUGGCCAUGACGACGAAGCCAUUGCAUUGUUCCGGUUGAUGCAGACGUCAUGUAUACGAACGGAUUGUGUCACCUUCACUUGUCUAAUUCAGGCAGCGAGUCACCUCAAAUUCCUAAUGGAAGUACAUGCAUGCCUAUAUCAUACACAUACACCCGAUGUCGCUUUGACAAACUCGUUGAUCACCGCCUAUGGUAAAUAGGGGAGGCUCGAUAUGGCUAGGAACUUAUUUGAGAGCAUGGUUGAAAGGCAACUAUCGUCAUGGAACACGAUGGGAUGGAGGUGGGAGAAAGAGUCGGGAAAUGGCUGUUGGAGGUGGAGCUGGGGAGUGCCAGCGCAUAUUGUUCGGUGUCAAAUCCGUUUGCUGUAGGAGGUAGAUGGGAUGGAGUGGCUUCAAUUGGAGCUGUUGCUAAGGAGAAGGGGCUUAGAAGCGCAACAGGGAGAAUUUGAACUGGACCACAAUCAUGGCGGAAACCAAAGAUCCAUCCGAAAACAAUGACUGUACUUUCCAGUGGGAUGAGAGUUCUCAACUCUAUUACCAUGCCAGCACUGGAUUUUACCAUGACCCACAGGCAGGUUGGUAUUACAGCAGCAGAGAUGGACUUUAUUACAAAUUCGAGGAUGGGGAAUAUACGCUGCUUGAUGGAUAUCAGGCUUCAGAUCAAACUGAAAUGAAUGAUACUAAUGGUCAAGGAGAAACACUGAAGGCUCAAAUGCAAGGAAGAGAAAUCUCUGAGGUGCCAUCACUAGAUUCCUCAGCAUUUGAAGGCAGUGAUCAGACAGAGUAUCCACCUCCACCGUCAGAAUGGCUGGAAGACACUCUUAUCGAAAUGUACUUAUCUGGCUAUCCUAAUCAAACAACCUAUGCUGCCGAUGCCAACAUGGCAACACCAGUUGAAACUAAUGAAGUGAACAUUGAAGAUCCUUGUGAUGAAGAUAAUGAGGAAUUGGAGGAAGGCGAAUGGAUCCCUGACGACCCUGAUUUUUGGAAAAACAUUAGUGAGAGAAGUAUGGAUGAAGGUAUAUCUCCAGAAGAAGAAAAUUGGUGCGCUCAAUUCAGCCAACCAAGUCAAUUAUAUGACGAAUGGAUGUUAGAUUUACAAAUAGUGGAUUUAUGGGAUUGGGCAUUGGUAAGAGGGACUAAGAAAGAUGGAAAGACAGAGGUUUCUAGGCUGGUUGGCAGACUGAGGAAGCCCUCUAGGAAGCUUCAUCCUUCAGUUCCUUCUGGUGGCGUGAUACUGAAAACGGCACCCAUAUGCGAAACACACCUUGAUCUGGUACGAGUGUCAUCAGGCAAGAUAUACAGACUGAGGAAUCCGAGCUUGCAAUAUGUAGCAUCCCUGCCAGUUUACGAUGCGUCCAACCCAACCAAGGAUUGGGGCUUCCCAACAGUUAAAAACCAUACAAAGAAGUCGCCAAAAUCUCAUCAGCAGUUGGAAUCCCAAAGCAUAGGAACUCUCGAUGUUCUAAAAGAUAAAUCGUUGUCAUUGCCAGCUAAAAAGGAUCAUACGUACCGGGAUAGAGCUGCUGAGAGAAGAGCCCUGCACAAAGGGUUUGGCAUUGGCCCCGGACAAAAGAAACCGCUUACUGAUGAUGACUCCCCUCCAUCAUCCCCUCCUACGCAUCCUGAAGAAGCUGCGGCUGAGUCAAUGGACUUGUCGUUCGGGUCGGGAAGUUAUGCAAGAAAAAUUAUGGAGGGCAUGGGCUGGAAGGAGGGCGAAGUGCUCGGGAGUAGCAUGAAGGGCUUGUCCAAACCUUUACAAGCAACAGGGAACAAAGGAACUGCCGGCUUGGGCUGGAACAACAACAGGAAAAGAUUUUGAUUCAUUCUGAACAUACAGGUAGCGUAACAUGUUCGUUAUAUUUGUGAGUUCCCGUUGAUCCCUUAUGUUAAAAGACAUCGUUUCUAUAUGGACCUGAUUGAUAGAUUGAACAAAACCUCGACCCGACUCAACUGCAUUGCACCAGUGUAGGUACACGACGAAUGUGGACCGGCUCGAGCCGGCCCAAGCCAUAGGCCUAGCUAGUGAGUUUGGAUGACUAUGCUAGGCUAGGUUAGGCCGGGCCAAUGGACAUUUUAAGACCAUUGUUGUAGAACUUGUGGUAAUGCCAUUUGUAAAUGCUGAACUAGAGUUGAGUAUUUACUAUUGGGAUUUUAACUAGAUUAGGAUUAGGAUUACUUGGUUCAACGAGUUGACUAUGUCCACGGGCAUAAAUAGAGAACAUAUUUAUUGCAAA